CCAUUGCUUACCUUAUCGUUGCAGAUUAUGCUUACUUCCGCAUCGCAGUACCUCUUCAACGCACUCGACAGUCGGGUGUACUUCGGCGAGGUGUCGGUUAUACUGCCGAACCACUGGCCGCAGUCGUGCAUCCCGUACAACCAGACGCGCACCUCCGCGAGCGGCGAGACGGCGGACGUCACGAUCCGGCCGCACACCAAGGCCGAACCGUCGAUCUGGACGCAGCAGUACGCAGGGUGCGGCGAGUCGGGCGAACAGAUCUACAUCGAUCCGGAGAUACUGGGCCGGGAGACGAUCUGGCGCGAGUUUAUCCGCGAGUGGGCCAAGUACCGGUACGGCGUGUUCGACGAGAUCGGGUACGAUCGCGAUCCGGUCUAUCCGCGCUGCUACAUCAACGACGAGCAUCGGGUCAAGCUGACCGGCUGCUCGGACGCGCCGGUCAACGACGAGGGUCUGUGCGGCAGCCCGGCCUCGCCCGGUCCGGUGCCGUACAACAUUAGCCGCGUGCUGGAUCCGAACGCGCGCACCAGCAUCAUGUUCGCGGCCGAGUCGAAAAGCGUCACCAUGUUCUGCGACGAGGGCACGCACAACCGGUACGCACCGACCAAGCACAACCAGAUGUGCGAUCGGCGCAGCACGUACGACGUCAUACUGAAGCAUUCGGACUUUGCGCCCCAAAACCAGAUGGAGUUUAACCCGUCGGUUAUUAUCAACACCGUGCCCAAGUUUAGCUACAAGUCGCGCAAGCUGACCCGCUACGUCAUCGUGAUCGGGCAGACGUUCGUGAUGCGCGAGCGGGAAACGUGGAGCUUCCUGCGACGCGCCAUCCGGAAGUGGAUCGUGUACGAUCUGCCCGCGACCAAGACCGAGAUCGGCAUUGCGCUCGCGAACGAUACGGCCACGUACGACAUGCUGCCGAUCACGUCGCUGCAGAUUGAGAAGAACAAGGACCGCAUCGCGUCCUUCAUCCCGUACACCUCGAGCGACCUGAACCGUCCGACCUGCCUAAGCUGCGGCAUCUCGGACGCGAUCCACAUGCUGAACGAGCAGACGCGCCACCACGGGCCGGCCAACUCGAUCAUACUGGUGAUCGCGCCCGGCAUGGACAUCGAGCACGAGUCGCUCGCCCGUUCGGCGCGCGCAUCCAAGAUACGGAUCGCCACCAUCAACUACCCGAUCGUGGAGCCGCGCCGCCCGCUGGAUCCGCUGGCGCACGAGACGGGCGGCAGCGCCUACUCCGUGUUCGAGUGUCGCGACAAUUCGGAGAAAUCGCUCGUCACCACGUACUUCGAGCUGUCGAACGCACUGUACAACAUCGGCAAGCUGUACUACGAGGGCAACCGGAACGAGUUCCCGGUCGAGAUCUUCCGCCGCGUGCUGGUCGAUUCGGUGGGCGAAACGAACUCGCAGCGGAGCAGCCGCACGGUCACUGGCAACUUUAUGCUCGACCCGUUCAUGGGCCCGCCGGCCGAGUUCUUCAUCUACGUGCACAACUCGGAGAACCCGCUCGUAUCGAACGUGCGGCUGACCAACCCGAACGGCAUCGUCUACUCCUCGAUGAGUGAUGCGCGCGCCUCGGUGCGGCAGCUGUCGCUCCUGUCCACGAUCAACGAGACCGGCAUCUGGAACUACUCGAUUGAGCGCUUCCAGGGCAAUCCGCAGCCGCACUACGUGCAGGUGAUCGCUACGCCCCGCUCCAGGUACGCGCCGGUCAUAGCGGCACGGGCCUGGGUCCAUCGCAGCAAGGCCGGCGGACCGAUCGUGCUGUUCGCGGAGGUGAAGAAGGGCGAUCUGCCGGUCGUGUCGGCACAGGUGGAGGUCACCGUAACCCGGCUGGAGCGCGUCUGCGAACGCUUCCGCGAACCGACCGUGCAGAGCGACGAACGAUUCCUGCUGCUCGACACGGGUGCGGGCGAUCCGGACAUCACCAAGGGCGAUGGCGUAUACUCGCGCUACUUCAAUGCGGACGAGUUCGGCGGCCCGGGCACGUACCAGCUGGAGGUGACGGUCAGCGAUCGCGGCAACACGGCUUACACGCUAGCGGAUGGUGCCAGUUACACCACAACGUCCAGCACGCAACCGGGACGUUGCUGCGGUAGUUCGGUGCCCAUUCCCCAGAAGCAGUCGCUGGAUUCGUUCGAGCGCAUCCUGCCGCCGAUGACGGUGUUCGUCAGCCAGGCGGAUCUGAUCAACGCGGCCAAGAUCCCGGUCGGGCGCAUCAGCGAUCUCAGCGCGGACGUGGAGGGCAUGAAGGUGCGCCUCAGCUGGACCUCGCCGGACAUGGGCGGCAAGAAUGUGGCCCGGUACGAGGUGAAGUAUGCGACCACGAUCAAGGACAUUGUGGAUAACUUCGACACAGCCGCCGUACUGUGGCACCAUGACUCGCCGUUUACGUUUUCCAUCGGCGAGGGCAGCGAGUUCACGAUGAACAUCACGCACGAGCCGCAUCUAUUCGGCCAGAUCCUGUACUUUGCUGUGCGGCCGUACGCAACGCUCACCAAGGACGCCGAACCCGGACCGAUCUCGAACUAUGUGCGCGCGUUUGUGACGAAACCGAAGCCCACGACGCUCUUCCCACCGUCCAGCACGGGCGGCACGGAGAGCUACGACUCGAUCUGGUCGUCCUACGACGGCAUCGCAAAGAACGGAGGCGACGACAGCAUGGACAUCAUACCGCGCAUCGCCAAAAGCAUGGACCUCGGGCCGGAGCUGCUGCUGCCCAUCAUUGCCGGCAUCAUACUGCUGUUCGCGCUCAUCUUCAUCUACUGCUGGUUCUGCGUGAUCAAGAAGCGGCACGACACGCACGACGACGAGCAGAAGAAACCGAUCAAGUCGUUCAAGAGCGACACGAAGCUCACCACGAGCCACAGCGUGAUCGUGACGGCGGCUGGCAACGGUUCGUCGCCUUCCUCCAACUCGACCACAUCGUCCUCGUCCUCGCCCAACCACCAAACCGCUAGCCACGGCGGGCAGACGACCCUUCCGCAGUCCAACUCGUACGAUAUGGGGCUGGGCGAUCAUCAGACCGUGGGCAUCCCGACCAUCUACAACAUCGACGACGACGUGCUGCUGGCCAAGAAGCGGUACAGUGCCGUCAUCAACAUGGGCCCGACGCACCCGAUGGAGCAGCAGCUGAUCGAGGAGCUGAAGCAGCAGCAGCACAUCAUCGACACGCAGUCAUUCAUCAUGCCGGGCCACGGUGGCCCCACCGCCAACGGAACGAUCGGUCCGAACAACAACAACAACAACUGCAGCGUGAGCAUCAUUUCCACCACCUCGAACAACACGACGCUGACGCGCACGUACAACCCGAACGCGGGCACGAUCAUGGUCGGUGGCCGCACGCUCAGCCCGUACGAGUCCUGGUCCGCGUCGCAGCUGCUGCAGGAGCACGAGCAGCAGCACCAGCGGCGCCACAGCCCGACGCUCAUCGACGAUCUGAUCGACAACAACGUGCAGCAGCCGUCGUACUACAAUCCGGGCCAGCCAGGCCAGCAGCUUCACCCGCAGCACACCGCACACCUGAUGGGACAGCCGGGCACGGAUCAGAUGUCGCUGCUGAACAACAACCAUCUGAACGAGAACGGUUCGCCGCCGGUGCCACCGCUACCGAUCUACACCACCAGCCCGAGCGUUGGUGUGAGUGGUGCGGCCAUCGGCAAUACGACCUCGUACGUGUACGGCCAGAGCCACGGUUCCUCGGUAAGCUCGGUGAACAGUGGUCUCGGCCCGAUACCGAACGGUGGGUCGACGAUCAGCGGCACGGACACGAAGAAGCGGCGCAACGUCACCAUGGUGUAAGAUGGCGUCAGUGUGGCCAAUGGACCUCGUGGUUUAGCCGCUGCGCAACAGAGACUCUACGUUUUCCAAAGACUUCUGUUCCAACCGUGUUCCUGCUCAUGUCUCCCUCGUACAACCCACCAAUAGCGUUUGUGGCGGCGGCUAAACCCAUGAAGACCACCUGCCAUUUGAGGUCCAAAGCGGUGUCGGAUGCGGAUGCCCCUGCGCUUCGUACAGUGCGAACUAGUCAAACCAGAUCAUUGUCGGAGGAUUUCGUUUUACGAUUUUAACAAAUUGUGUUUUUGUUCAGUUUUUAAACAUUAUUUUGUACACAGGCUAGGUUGUCGACCGGUGUCAGAUUACUCUUACACGGUUGGCUAGCGUUCGAUAAGUUUUAGAUAAGUCCGAUUUUAAGCUUUGGGGCUAAAGAAGAGAUUGGAGAAGCAUUUAUAAAAAAAAUCUUCCCUUCGUACUCGCUCGAUCAAUGACACUGACUCGAGGACAGGAUUGUGUGCGGCAGUAUUCUCGCAGGACUCAUGCAAAUCAUGAGAUGAGUUGUAGAUAAAUCAAUACAGUGGCAUUAGCAGAUCUUUACUAGCCGUACGUAUAUGCGUGUAAGAUUGUCAAGGAUUGAAAACAGAACAAAGACGAUGGUGGCGUGUUAGCGAAUCCAAACACAGGGCCAGACACGGUAGAAUACGGUAACGGAGAAGGGGGUACGCAUUUGUUGGGGUAUGACCAACGUCCUAGAGUAGUAAAAUUUUGCUUGGCCCCAAACUUUGGCCCACACCUUUACGCCAAAGUGAUCUAUUGUAGACUAUUUGGAGAGGCAUUAAAUGAGAAAAGAAAUCUUAAGUCUGAUGUGUGAUGUGCUGUGCUGAGAGGGUCGAGACCCCGGUAGAGGCAGCAGAAUUCAACUGGCCAGUACUACUGCUACACCUACUGUGUGCGAAAGAGUGUGUGAGUUUGCUUUUAAUGCGAUGUUGUUCUUUCUAUAGGUUUGCAAUGUAGAGAUUACUGUAUAAGGGACGGAACACGUGUAAGAGUCAUACGCACAGGAAGGAUGACGGUGUACAUAGGAUGGGAAGAGGAACGGGAUGAUGGAUGCUAUAAAUGUAUCAUUACACGCUCUGUACAUGGAUCGACUUUUGGGACUAAGGCAAACUACCACUAUAAAUGGUGAAAGGAGCGAUUGAUAGCGCCCUUUGCCAAGCCAGGGAUAAGGCAUAACUGCAUGUGAAUGGAUAAACUUUAAGUAUCGCUAAGUGAGAGAGUGUCAAGAUAACACUACAUAACUUAUCAUAAGUACACGAAACCUGUUCUCUAUGUGUGUAUUUCUGAUAGGCAUGGAUAGCAAACGACACAAAACCCGAACAGUAAAGCUUUUAAAACAGCCUUCACACUUCGGCGGCUGCUCGGAACUUCAAAUAACGAAUCGACCCCGAACUCCUUCACAACAGAGCAACACUGUUACACCACAAAUGCUACAAACAAAUGUUAAACUAUGAAAGAAUCUCUAGCAUAACAGUAAAUCUAUCACCGUAUAAAUGUAAAGCUCACCAUUUUUUUCAAUCAAAAGAUAGUGCCGUGGCACCGAGUUACUAACAACAGAAGAACGAGAAAAACACAGCGAUACAGAAACAAAAACGAAACAAAAAGGUUAUAUAGGACAAAGGAACAACACACUUUGAAAGAAAAAUCCCAUUAGGCUUAAGUUAUUUGGAGCAUUUUCGAAAGCUGUAUAAGAUUUGCUAAAAAGGCAAAACAGACGGAUCAUUGUUUUCAUUGUGUUUUCAUAAGGGCAUAAUUUUAUUUGAUUUUGUACAUAAAUUAUAGUGUCUGUUUUAAAAGAAACUAAUAAAACCACUGACGAAAUGUAUCAUUUUAAACAAAAAGUGAAA